AUUGCCCAUCACUUGUCAUUUAUGAUCCUAUAUAAGCAUUUCUCUCAUCACAGAAAUAGCAAGAAUUUGAGGUAUCAGAGCUUGUAAUAACAUUAUCUGGUGAGAGAGGUUAAAUGAGUCAGCGUGUAGGUGACGAGUCUGUGAAAAAAGCCAUGGGAGAAAUAAGAAGUGGAACAUCUUCACGCAGGCAUGGAGAUACUUUGCCACACAUUCAUAAGGUGGGAUCUCCUCCUAAGCAGACACUUUUCAAAGAGAUCAAAGAUUCUGUGGCUGAGACUUUCUUCCCAGACAAACCCUUAAACAAAUUUAAAGACCAGAGCUUCUUUGGAAUCAUUGUAUUAGCCCUGCAGUCUCUCUUCCCCAUUUUAGAAUGGGGAAGACAUUACAAUCUUAAAAAAUUCAGAGGUGAUUUGAUUUCUGGACUCACUAUUGCAAGUCUCUGCAUCCCUCAGGACAUUGCAUACGCAAAGCUUGCUCAUUUGGAUCCACAAUAUGCACUAUACACAAGUUUUGUGGCUCCUCUUGUGUAUGCUUUCAUGGGAAGCUCAAGAGACAUUGCAAUUGGACCAGUAGCGGUUGUGUCGCUCUUGCUUGGGACAACGCUGUCGGAUGAGAUCAGCAACUUCAAAAGUCAUGAAUACCUGCGUCUUGCAUUUACUGCCACCUUUUUUGCAGGAGUCACUCAAAUGGCACUGGGUGUUCUCAGGCUUGGUUUCUUGAUUGACUUUUUGUCUCAUGCUGCCAUUGUGGGAUUCAUGGCUGGAGCUGCCAUUACAAUUGCACUGCAACAGCUUAAGGGUUUUCUUGGCAUAAAAGACUUCACUACGAAUACUGAUAUUGUUUCUGUCAUGCGCUCAGUGUUUAAAGCAGCACACCACGGGUGGAAUUGGGAGACAAUAGUCAUCGGGUUAGCAUUCUUGAUUUUCCUUCUUGUAACCAAGUACAUCGCUAAAAGGAACAAGAAACUCUUCUGGGUGGCUGCAAUUUCUCCUAUGAUAUCUGUCGUAGUGUCUACCUUUUUUGUCUACAUUACCAGGGCAGACAAGAAAGGAGUGGCAAUUGUGAGACAUGUUAAGAAGGGUGUGAAUCCAUUAUCUGCCAGCGAGAUAUUUUUCAGCGGAAAAUACCUAGGCGCCGGUAUUCGUGUUGGUGUGAUAUCUGGCAUGGUAGCUCUCACGGAAGGCGUAGCAAUUGGGAGAACAUUUGCUGCAAUGAAAGACUAUGCACUGGAUGGUAACAAAGAAAUGAUUGCAAUGGGAGCAAUGAACAUGGUUGGUUCUCUAACAUCUUGCUAUGUGGCAACAGGCUCAUUUUCUCGCUCAGCAGUGAACCACAUGGCCGGUUGUAAAACUGCAGUAUCGAACAUCGUUAUGUCGAUAGUUGUGUUGUUGACUCUGCUACUCAUUACGCCGCUCUUUAAGUACACUCCAAAUGCGGUGCUUGCUUCUAUUAUAAUAGCUGCGGUGCUUAGCCUUAUCAACAUUGAAGCUAUGAUUCUUUUAUGGAAGAUUGACAAGUUCGAUUUUGUUGCUUGCAUGGGAGCCUUGUUUGGUGUGAUCUUCAAAAGUGUCGAGAUUGGCCUUCUAAUCGCGGUGGCCAUAUCUUUUGCCAAAAUUCUCGUACAAGUGACAAGGCCAAGGGUUGCAGUACUAGGGAAGCUUUCAGGAACUACAGUUUAUAGGAACGUCCAGCAAUACCCCAAAGCAGCCCAGAUUAAUGGCAUGCUCAUUGUCAGGGUUGACUCCGCAAUCUACUUCUCAAACUCCAACUACAUCAAGGAGAGAAUUUUGAGAUGGCUGAGCGAAGAAGAAGUCCAAAGGACAGCAAGUGGAUUAUCCGGAAUAGAAUAUCUCAUUGUGGAGAUGUCACCUGUAACUGAUAUUGACACAAGUGGCAUCCAUGCCUUUGAAGAGUUAUACAAGAGUCUCCAGAAAAGAAAAAUCCAGCUUAUCUUGGCAAACCCAGGACCAAUUGUAAUAGAGAAGCUCCAUGCGUCAAAGUUAACAGACGUAAUCGGAGAAGAUAAGAUAUUUCUAACAGUGGCAGAUGCUGUUUCAACCUUUGGUCCAAAGGGUGAAGGAGAAGUAUGAUGAAAUGAUACACGAGUGCUUCAAUUCAACCGUUGAAGGAACUGAUUAGAAAGUUCAUGAGCAGAGAGUUACGUAGAUGUGUUUGGUUUUGUUCAAUCUAUUACCCAGUUGAUGUAUAUACAAAACAAAAGGGAUAGAAAAGUGUGUCAUGGUUUGGUUGUA